AUGGAUCAAAAAGAAGCACUGAAAAGAUCAUGGGCAUAUUCAGAAAGUGUAUCAUCUUCGUCUAUAGCUGAAGUGCAAAACCAGUCUGUCCUACUAUAUAAUGUGUCAAAUUCCUCAAGUACUUGCACCAGAGAUCAUGGGCAUAUUCAGAAAGCAUGUCAUCUUCAUGUACUUGCACCAGAGAUCAUCAAGACUGAUGCUGCAAACUUCAGAGAACUGAUGCAAAGGAUCUCAGAAAAGCACAUAGAUUCCAAAUGGCGCAAGAAAAAUCCAAAAAUUUCGAGCAAGGAAGAGCCAAGAAUUUUGUCCCCCAAUAAGUCUGUUGAACUGGCCAUGAUAAGUGGAUUUCAUGCAUCAGGGUGGGUUUAA